CACCGCCUUCUUGCCAGGAACCAGGAAAUAGUCAUGAUAUUUUGAUAGGCGACUCUCACUUGAUAUUAGUCAUUGAUAUAUACUUACUUUUCUUAUUAGUUUCGUGGUCGGCGGAGUUUGUUGCAGUUAUGACAUCGUUAUUCAAGAAAAAGACCGUAGACGAUGUCAUUAAAGAACAAAACAAAGAGCUGCGAGGAACGCAGAGACAGAUUGCCAGAGACCGGACAGCACUGGAAAAACAGGAAAAGCAACUGGAGAUGGAAAUCAAGAAAAUGGCAAAGACAGGGAACAGAGACGCCUGCAAAGUUUUAGCCAAACAGCUUGUGCAAGUGAGGAAACAGAAGACACGCACAUAUGCAGUCAGCUCGAAGGUCACCUCCAUGUCCACACAAACCAAACUUAUGAACUCCCAGAUGAAGAUGGCUGGUGCUAUGGCCACAACAACAAAAACAAUGCAAGCUGUUAACAAAAAGAUGGAUCCAAAGAAGACCAUGCAGACCCUGCAGAACUUUCAGAAAGAAACCGCAAAGAUGGACAUGACAGAGGAGAUGAUGAAUGACACCCUGGAUGAGAUCUUUGAGGAUUCUGGAGAUGAGGAAGAAUCUCAGGACAUUGUGAACCAGGUGUUGGAUGAAAUUGGAAUUGAGAUCUCAGGAAAGAUGGCUCAUGCUCCUUCAGCUGCGCGAAAAACCCCAAGCGCCGCCACGGCCAAGGCAGAUGGGAUCUCAGAUGAGGAUAUCGAGAGGCAGCUCAAAGCCCUUGGAGUGGACUAGUGCUCAUGCACACACACACACACAAACAAACACCUGAUCAUUGCCUGGCAACAAAAGGCCACCCAAACAUGCACUAAAACACAUUCAUACCAAAUAACAAAUACACAAACGAACAGUCCAAAAGCUCACAUUCACACUUGCCUACUCUGGGAUACCGCGCCACAGAUGACAAAUGCAAUUUUUUCUUCUUAUUUAUUUAUGACAAUGAGAAAUGGCUGUCAAGGGUGUUUAAGACUCUUUCAGGUGAACCGCUAUAGCUUUUAGAAGGACAAGAAUAAAGUUUCAGUUUGGAUAAACAUGUUGUAAUUGAAUAUAUACCAUACCUCCUUGGAGAAUAAUGCAAAUAUUGAAGCGUUUUCCCCUGAAAUCCACUACUUCAGGCUGUUUGGUUGAUAAAUCUGGAAAAACAAUCACACUGUUGUAAACAAGUUUGACAGCAGAACUCUACCUCUGGAAACAUAAGAAGUGACAGAGCUGGUUUUUAAGUCGUGCCGCGAUUUGUUUUGUCCUCACCGUACCUUCGCUUGUUUCCCCAGUGCAUGACAGAACACUCAUGUGAGCUACGUCUGUUUCUCUGUUCUCACCUUCGCUCGGAAAUGAUUGAAUUUGACUUCUAGAUUCAGAUCUUGCUCGGAUAUUUUGUAUGGAUUUUUUAUUCUGCUGGAUUCAAGGGUGAUGCCAAAUUAUAAGAAGCCAGAAUUUUUUUUUUUCUUUUUUUUCAUUUAUUUAUUUAUUUUUUUCAUUCUUUAGUUUUUGAAGAUGGUUGCUCUUCUUGAUUUAUUUUGUGGUUUUAGCUUGUGUGUGUGUGUGUGUGUGUGUGUGUGUGUGUAAGUGCAUUGAUCAGAUCAGUUUUUUAUUUUAAGGCUGCUCAGAAAAUUCCUGCUGCUUGUUAAUUGAGUGAGUCAAGAAGUGACUUAAGUGAGGGUUAUUAUUUUAAGGUGGCAUGUAAAAAGCGGCGUACUUUGGAGUUAUGCACAGAAAUCUGUGUUUAGCCUGACAGCGGUUACACACUGCAAUGUUUCAUAAGGAUUGUAAAAAGUUUAAGAAUGGCAGGUUGGUAGUAUGUUGCGUAAUCCACAUUGAGAGUUUAGGAGUAUGGGUGAAGAUUAUUAAAAAAAACUAAGGGGAUGUAUACCAUUAUAUACCAUUCAAUCAUAAAUAAAACAUUUGUAAUUAUA